AUGGCUGGUAGCGGGGGCUCGAACCCGCGACCCUCUAUCAGAAAGCUCACAUUGAAAAACACCCUGCCUGAAGCUAAGAAAUCUGUUACACUUGUAGAACCAAUUGUUAAGUUAACAAAAUUAACCUCCAUUGAUCUGGAGAAGACUGGAGAUGAUGUCAAGAAACCGUUAUACACAGGAUUGGAUUUCAUACCGGAUGGUAGACUGGUUGCCGUGGAUAAUCAAAACAUGAAAUGCUUGAUUUACAACGAGAAACUUGAGAAAGUAGGAUCAUAUAACUUAUCAUAUAUGCCACAGAGUGUUGUUGCUGUAUCUGAGGAGGAAGUGGCGAUAACAAGUGGUCAUAACAAAAUAGACUUUCUGCAUGUCAGUAAAUCAAAUGUAAUAACUUCGAUCAGGACAUGUAAAGUUUGGAAACAGUAUGACUCUAUAUGUAUGAAAGACAAGAGAAAUUUUAGGGUUGGAACUAUCGAUGAUACAAGACCUGUUCGUAUUGUAUCAAUGUCAGGAGAAGAGAAAGAUUUCAGCAAGGCAGUAAAAUCUACAACCAUCACGUGUUUUACGACAACGAGGACUAGUAGACAGGCAGUAAAACCUACAGCCAUUAUAUGCUUAACGUCACCGCGGACUGGUAGACAGGCGGUAAAACCUACAGUCAUCAUAUGCCUUACGUCACCGCGGACUGGUAGACAGGCGAUAAAACCUAAAACCACCACAUGCUUGAAGCCACCGCGGACUGGUAGACAGGCGGUUAAACCUACAACCACUACAUGCCUUACGUCACCCCGGACUGGUAGAAUGGCGGUAAGUCCUACAGCCAUCACAUGCUUUACGACAACGAGGACUAGUAGACAGGCAGUAAAACCUACAGUCAUCACAUGCUUUACGUCACAUCAGACUGGUAGACAGGCGGAAAAACCUACAACCAUCACAUACUUUACGUCACCGCGGACUGGUAAACAGGCGGUAAAACCUACAGUCAUCACAUGCCUUACGUCACCCCGGACUGGUAGACAGGCGUUAAAACUUACAACCACUACAUGCUUGAAGACACCGCGGACUGGUAGACAGGCGGUAAAACCUAUAACCAUUACAUGCUUUAAGUCUCCAAUGACUAGAAGACAGGCGGUGAAACCUACAAUCACCACAUGCUUUACGUCUCCGCGGACUGGUAUACAGGCGGUAAAACCUACAACCAUCUACAAACACCACACGCUUUACGUCACCGCGGACUGGACUAGUAGACAGGCAGUCAAACCUACAGCCAUUAUAUGCUUAACGUCACCGCGGACUGGUAGACAGGCGGUAAAACCUACAGUCAUCAUAUGCCUUACGUCACCGCGGAUUGGUAGACAGGCGAUAAAACCUACAACCACCACAUGCUUGAAGCCGCCGCGGACUGGUAGACAGGCGGUUAAACCUACAACCACCACAUGCCUUACGUCACCCCGGACUGGUAGAAUGGCAGUAAGUCCUACAGCCAUCACUUGCUUUACGACAACGAGGACUAGUAGACAGGCAGUAAAACCUACAGCCAUCACAUGCUUUACGUCACAGCAGACUGGUAGACAGGCGGAAAAACCUACAACAAUCACAUACUUUACGUCACCGCGGACUGGUAAACAGGCGGUAAAACCUACAGUCAUCACAUGCCUUACGUCACCUCGGACUGGCAGACAGGCGUUAAAACCUACAACCACUACAUGCUUGAAGACACCGCGGACUGGUAGACAGGCGGUAAAACCUACAACCAUUACAUGCUUUAAGUCUCCAAUGACUGGUAGACAGUCGGUAAAACCUACAAUCACCACAUGCUUUACGUCUCCGCGGACUGGUAUACAGGCGGUAAAACCUACAACCAUCUACAACCAUCACACGCUUUACCUCACCGCGGACGGACAGGCGGUAAAACCUACAGUCAUCACCUGCCUUACGUCAUCGCGGACUGGUAGACAGGCGGUAAAACCUACAACCAUCACAUGCUUUACGUCACCGCGGACUGGUAGACAGGCAGUAAAACCUACAACCGUCACAUGCUUUAAGUCACCAAUGACUGGUGGACAGGUGUUAAAACCGACAGCCAUCACAUGCUUUACGUCACCGCGGACUGGUAGACAGGCGGUAAAACCUACAACCAUCACAUGCUUUAUGUCACCAAUGACUGAUAGACAGGCGGUGAAACCUACAGCCACCACAUGCUUUACGUCACCCAGUACUGGUAGACAGGCGGUAAAACCUACAACCAUCACAUGCUUUACAUCACAGAUGAUUGGUAGACAGGCGGACAGGCAGAAAGCUGUAUUACAUACAAUCACCACAUGCUUUACGUCAUCGAAGACUGGUAAACAGGCGGUAAAACCUACAGAGACCUCGUGCUUUACGUCAUCAAUGACUGGUAGACAGGCGGUAAAAUUACAGCCGCCACGUGCUUUACGUCACAGAGGACUAGUAGACAUGCGAUAG